AUGAGUUUCCAUACCUGGAUCGCCGAAAAUGGUGGCCAGAUGACGGAGAACGAGUCGGCGAAAGUUUACGAAAAACUGUCCAACACCGCCUGUUUCUUGGCUGUUUCCGGCGACUACGACGGUGGAUUAGGGCGACAAAGAAUUGGGGCUGGAAGAGGGAAGUGUGGUGGUUCUAACGGGACUGGUCUUGCUUGA